CGCAAAGACAAUCCGAAGAGAGGAGAGAACAUAUACUACAAAAGAUCUGGUGCUCUGGGAUUCUGUACCUCACAGCGUUCACAGUUCACACCUUCAUUGAAGCCACUCUCACAACAAUUCACCAAUAAAUACUGUGAAUAUUCCCAUCAUCCUACAAGAGAAGAAGUGCUCCAGACCAGCAGGAAGAACUCCAGGUGCAACAACUGAAAUCUGUUUGUUAUACUGUGGAAAAGAUGGAGUUUGUUAAAGAAGAGAGAGAGGACAUGCGUGAUCCAGAGUCAUCCAGAAUAAAACAUGAAGAUACUGAGGAACAAAUAGGUCCGGUGGAAGUGAAAGAGGAAAGUCAAGCACUGAAUGAAGUUGGGAAGAAACAGCAUCAGAAACCUCAAACAACAGAGAACAAAAACCAUUUCACCUGCUCUCAAUGUGGAAAGAAUUUUAUAAAGAAAAGCAACCUUAAGAGACACUUAAGAAUUCACACUGGAGAGAAACCUUACACAUGCAAUCAGUGUGGAAACAGUUUUAGACAUAAACAAACUCUUAAGAUCCACACACAAACUCACACUGUAGAAAAGCCGUUUACGUGCCUUGAGUGUGGCAAGAGUUUUAAAUGUGCAAAUAAUCUCAAAAGACAUCUACUCUCUCACUCUGGUCUAAAGCCUUUUCACUGUGAUCAGUGUGGUGAAAGUUUUCCUUCUGCAUCAUUUCUAAAAACCCACCUGAAUGUUCAUGUGAGGCCAUACGUGUGUUCUUGUGGAAAGAGUUUUUCACGGCUGCACUGUUUGAAAGAUCAUCAGAAAAGACAUGCCGGUGUGAAAGAUCAUGUGUGCUCUGAGUGUGGGAAGGGCUUCAUUACAACCUACCAGUUGAAAAGCCACCAGAGAAUUCAUACUGGAGAGAAACCUUACACAUGCUCACAUUGUGAUGAGACUUUCAGUAAUCAAGGAAACCUGAAAAGACAUGAGAGAGUUCAUACUGGAGAGAAACCGUACCACUGCCUUCAAUGUGGAAGGAGUUUUACCCAAUCAAAUACUCUAGUGGAUCAUAUGAAAAAUAGGUGUCCAGUGAGCAAAGGCCCUAUUAAAUAAUAAGUGCAUUUACAUGCACUUUUUCAUGGUGUUGAUUUCUUCACAAAUAUAAUUUUAACUCGUCCCUUGAGUUACAGUGAGAUAUUAAGAGUGAAAGUGAACGAGGCCAGUUCAUAAAACGCUAAAUGCACAUAGUUUCAGAAGCCACAAGAUGGAAGCAUUCAUGAGGAUUUCUGUAUGAUAAACUCACUUACAAAUAUUAUCUGUGUAUUUAUAUCCAAUAUUACAGCUCCGUUGCCAUGACAACAAAACCCACCCUGCCUGGUACUGGAUAUAACUUCAAACAGAUAUGAUUAGAAAGUGAUUUUAUCACACUAAAAUCAUGCUAACACGUAUUAUCACGCUCACAACUCAGUGUGUUUAGUGUUUAUGAACUGGACACAUUUACUUCCAGUGUAAGUGCCUGCAAGCAUCUAAAUUGCUUGACUAGUCUAAAUUAUUUUUGUGGAAAUCAACAUUAUGCCUCAAAUAAUUUUAAUUCAACUUCACUUGUAUUGAACCUGGAAUUCCUUUAAAUGAGAAAUACUAGAAGAAUGAGAAAA